AUGAUCAUGUUCUAUGCAUAUCCAAUCACAGUAAUGUUUCAAUCAAUGAGCGUCUGGCUGCUCGUAUCGAUCACGAUCGAUCGAUAUCUGGCAGUUUGCCAUCCGUUUCAAGUGAUGAGCUAUUGUACAAGAUCUCGUGCUCUACUCACAGUGCUUUUGAUAGUGAUAUUCUCCGUGGCGUAUAAUUUCGUUCGAUUUUGGGAGUUCCAGAUCAUCGAGUCCAAUUCAGAUGAAUCGCUCGAAUCAAUCGUCCAACCACUACUACGGGACAGCCCAUCUUUUCUCCUUUGGUAUCAAAACAUUGCCACGUUAUUGUCACAAUUUGUGCUACCUCUCCUCGUCCUUUGUAUUCUGAAUUUACAGGUGGCACGAACAAUACUCAUGGCUACCGAACAAAGACGAGAACUGGUCGCCUCCGUUAAACGGGAGCAUAACACUGCCAAAAUGAUGAUUUUCGUUGUUAUUGUGUUUCUUGUGUGUUACACAUUCUCCUUCAUUCUCAAUGUUGCCGAAAUUCUAUUCUCAUCGCUGUUUCGACAUCCAGUAGGCUAUUUGUUGAACGAUAUAAACAACAUACUGAUUGUGGUCAACACAUCAUCGCCUUUUGUCUUCUACGUGAAAUAUUCGACGAGGUACCGUAACCACCUGCGCACACUGUACGGUAUACGGUGGUUUGCAGCAAAAAUGAAGUUUCAACAAAGUAAACGACGGAGUGCGGAACGAUUGAUGAAUGGCACAGAUACAAAGACUUUUGCUAGCUACACUAGCAUAGGGAAUGGAUUCAUGACCAAACUGAAAAUUGAUAAGGACAAACCGCUGCGACCACAAAGAUCACCGUUGUAG